AACACAACACAACACUUGUAUUGACUGUUUUUCACUCGCCAUUAACUUCACUGAUAGUAAUUCACUCACGAGUUGUGGUAAUCUUCACUAACACUGCACACGUGGUUAUGAGAUAAUGGCCGACAGCGAAGCGAAAGGUAACCAAUAUCUGGCCGACGCCCAGAAGCGGCUCAAGUCGUCGCAGGGCUUCUUCGGCGGUCUACUCGGGGGCGGCUCACGACAGGACGAGGCGGUGGAGCUGUACGUACGGGCGGCCAACUGUUUCAAGAUGGCCAAGAAGUGGAACGGUAGGGCAAACUCACCCAUACCUCUCAUUAUUACCAUCAGUUCCAGGACUUACUUAUGGGGCGGCUCCCACUGGUCACCGCACAGACACACGCAGACACUAACCAUACCAUUGAAUUGCACGCUAACUAAUAAUCCGUUUACUCCAUCCAUCCAUUUAUGUUCACCCCAUUGGUCGUCACCACUGGAACCGUUAACCACUACCACCGCUAUUAUCAUCGGACCAUUGGAACCGUUGACACCACUACUAAUGACAGCCGCGGGUAACGCGUUCUGCGAGGCGGCUGUGCUGCACCUGAAGGCGGGCAACAAACACGACGCGGGCACCGGCUAUGUGGACGCCGGCAACUGCUAUAAGAAGGCCGACCCCCAGGAGGCGAUCAAUUGCAUAACGAAAGCGAUCGAGAUCUACACGGAUAUGGGCCGCUUCACCAUCGCCGCCAAACACCACAUGACUGUGGCCGAGAUCUACGAGACCGAGUGCGUCGACAUUGGCAAAGCGAUGACUCAUUACGAACAGGCGGCCGACUAUUAUAAGGGCGAAGAGAGUAAUACGAGUGCCAAUAGGUGCUUGCUCAUUGUGGCCCGCUAUUCGGCACAGUUGGAACAGUACCAGAAG